CCCUCUCACAUCUCUUCACGACUGCGGCUGCACGGUGACCAACUCCCUUCGCCUCCGCAAACGGCUGCCUUACGACAUCUUUACGAACCGGAUCACCCCGACGCAACGGCUAUCCCCAACCUUGUUUAUCCGGAGGCGCUGAGCGCACGCUGAGAGAAUCUCGCUAGCAUGAGCAAGCCACCCCCACCUAUGCCACCUCUCACUCGCUCGGCAUCCGUAUAUGCGCCUAGAAAUGCUGCUGAAGAUGACGAGGUCCAAAUGCCUCGUGCCAGUGACCCAAAUCCAAGAUUUCACGCAAAGCGCAAGCAGACUCUCUUGAGUCUCCUUAAUGCGCUGACGGAGCUCACUCAGGUGGAUGAUUUGGAUGGAGACCCGCACAAUCCUAGCUUCGAGGACGAUAGGGAUGCCCCCAGUAUCGACGAGCAGCUACAAGUGAAAGGGGCGGAGAAGUUUCACAAGUUCCAUGUGAGGAUCACAAACCUCGACAAAGAGCUUCGAAACUUCGCCAAUGCUUCCCGUCAACUAGGCAGCUCAGUUGGCAUCCUUAGCUCCGCCUUUCGGCUGCGCGAGCGCCUCGCCCAAAUUCUCUUUCUAUUCCGCGAAAACGCCGCCGACCUCUUCCCACGCAAGGUCCUACGCCAACCCCGGGAGUCUCUUGUGAACCCAAACUUGAUGGCACGCCGGCGCAAGCGCAAGCAGAAGCAAAAUGGUGGCGCCACCCGCAAGAUGCGGCCGCCAAUAGACGAUACGCUCGACGCUGAGUCGCUUCCAGAACAGUUUGACAGCUUUGCAAAGGACGUGAUGCAGUUUCUCAACUGCUUGAACGAGUUCCCGGAGUUUACGGAUGAGGCGGUGAACGCGUCUAUAAGGUCAUUUGAGGGCGAUCUGAAGUAUUGGGCAUGUUGUCUGCGAACGUAUAAAGGCCAAUUUAAGUACCCCGCGGUUCAACGGUACAUUCAUGACCUCACGACGGAGAUGGGCGAGCACAUUGAUACUAUCACGUCAACGUUAUCGAUGUUCAUUGAAGUUGGUGUACCUACCAUCCGAUUCGCGCAGAAGCACGGAGCGUCCAACCUGCUCAACCUCUCCACCGUAGCCACCUUCUUCUCUGCCGUCACAGCCACCACACUUCAGUUCUCAUACGCGGAAGCUGACACUGCCAUAAGUCAGCUCGUCAACACCUUCUGGUUUGCAUCCCUGGUCUUCAGUAUCGCUGCCGCUGUCAAUAGCUUGCUUGGUCUGUCGUGGAAACAAGCCAUGUAUCGCUCCCCAGGCCACAAAGUACCCUGGUGGGUCCUCAUAUGGAUCAAACGGUCCCCCCUUGCGUUCUUGGUCGGAUCCGUGGCCUGCUUCGACGUCGGGCUCGUUCUGUUCACGUACUCCUCCGGGCAAAGUACGAUAACGACUAUCAUCACCACAGUCUUCACCGCCUUCACGUCCUUCGGCCUGGCGGCAGUCUCAGUGUGGUUUGGCUCAGAAAAGUGGACGUUCAUCCACCACCGCGGGCAGAAGUGGCUUUUGGAUGUCCUCUCCGAGACGACGCACCAAUACAUCCCGGAUCACAUAUUCAGGCUGUACGAGUGCAUUGCGUCGUGGGGUACGCGUCGGCUCAACAGGGCCGCGUACUCGCUCCGCCGGGUGCCGAGCAUGACGGCGAGCCUGCUCCUGCCUAGCUCGAACUCGGAUAGGAUGGACGACGAUAACUUUACAAUCAUCACCGGUACGGGGACCAUGGGCGCUGGCGGCUCGACAGCGCUCCUGCCGUAUGCGCUCUCGCAGAGCCCGGAGCCGUUACCACCUAUCCGGCAGUCGAUGGAGAUGACCUUUUCCUCGGGCCCCGUGUCGCCCACUCUUAUGGAGAAAGAAGACUACUCAGGUCCGUUGUCUGCGCCGCCCAUCAUGCACGCCCGCGGCUUCUCGCCCAACGCCCUCACCAGCGCCCACAGCGGCGGCCUUCCCUCCCCUCCGCCCUCGUCCAUCGUCUCCCCGCGCGAGCGAUUCACAUCCGCGGUGCGCUCCGUGAUGAUGCUACAGACCGCGACCACGAGCGCGCUGCCGUCCCGUGGAGCGGGGGCUUUCUUUCCCAUCAAGCGGCGCCAACGUACCGCGUCCGCAGGCACUGAAUCUGACGUAUCCAAGGGCGGGAAGCUCGCGAUGGACCCAGUGCUGGCGAUGCGCUCGUCGAGGGUUGCCACGCUUGUGCCGAAGCUCAGGGUGCUGCAGGUCACGCAGGACAUUCCGGCGCACAGUGCGCUGGUGAAGCAUUUGCAGUUUUCGCCGAGCGGCAAGUUCUUGGCGACGAGUAGCUGGGAUCGGACGUCGAUUAUAUAUCGAGUUGGGGACCCAUGCACGUCUCACCGGAUACUCGCACAUGCAUCUGGUUUUGUCGGACAGGUCGCUUGGUCACCGACGGAAAAGCUUCUAUUAACAAAACUCAACCGGAUGAUAAAGGUCUGGACGGAAGACGGCGUGUGCAUCAAGACCAUCGACAGGCAGCGUGCUGUCCAGUCCGUCGCGUGGUUGCCUUCGGGCAACGCAUUCAUGUCGGUCGAGGGCAGCGAGGUUGUUCAGCUGGAUAUUCAUACCGGGAAGGUGCUCGACUACUACGAGUUUGACCGGGUCAUGAUCCACGACGUCGCCGUGACCCCGGACUCGCAACGACUGCUUGGUGUAGGGCCGAUAACUGCGUCUCCGAAUGGGUUGAAGCCUAGCAAAUCUAGGGUGGAGAAACAGUUACUGGUCUACAACAUCCAGACCAAGCAGAUCGAGAAUCAGACGCCGGUACUGAAUGACGUGCGGGACAUCACUAUCUCACGGAAUGGUCAGGUCGCUUUAAUCUCAUACGAGAAUAAGGCUCCUCCCCAACUUUGGAAACUGGAACAUGUGAAAGCGCGUGCCGACUGUAGUACCACAUCCGUACGACUCACACUUAGGCAUACAUACAUGCCUAAAGUGUCGGUUGACUUCGCAGGGCCCAGUUACUUUGGUGGAAAAGACGACCAGCUAGUUCUCUGUGCUGGUAAAGCUGGAGACAUUCAUAUUUGGGACCGACAAUCUGCCGUGCUGCUGCAUCACGUCCGCGCGCAGGUGCUUGGAGGCGACUUGACCUGCAUAGCAUGGAAUUCUGCCGCCUCUCAACCGUUCAUGUUUGCCACCGGAAGCCACGAUGGGGCGGUCCGGAUAUGGACCGAGCCGUCCGAGUCUCCGCCCCGGAUCGAGACCGAUGCAGGAAGCAACUCUCAGGCUAACAGCCCGUCUGGUUCUGGGACAUCGACACCUUCGGAUUCAGCGCUGAGCACUCGGUCGAGCACGCCUGUCACCGGUCUUGUUGGUGGCACCGAUAACCAGCAGGCUGUAGAGCCGGGUUAUUAUACGCCCCGGGUGACGACGCCGCCUCUGCCAAUGGAGGAGGGCGAGGGGCGGAAACAAAUUGUCACAUUCGCGGCGCCCGAGCCGCCUCCCUAGCAUUUCUAGCCAGGUUCUCCCCCGGCUAGUUGCAUGAUAUUCAUUACUCACCAUGGACGCUCAUCAUAUAUCACUGGGUUCCUAGGGCGCAUUUUCUUUGUUGUUUUCAACGGAAGGUCAUCUACGAUUCCAUCUACAUAGUCUUACUUGCACCAUACCUUUUUCUGCUUUCGAUGAUAGUACCACAAACCUCCAACGAUGUACAUUACGACACACUGUACGCAAUGCAUGUACUAGAGUUAUUGCAGUCUCGCCGGGCUAAACCGGCCGAUGUCGAUAAAC